AUGAAGCCUCAAACCCUCCUCAGCCAGCUCGCCCUCCUGGGCUCCAUCCCGUUUGCCCUAGCCGACACCCUCAACAUCGUCGCCCACCAAGACGACGACCUCCUCUUCUUCAGCCCGGACCUGAUCCGCGACAUCCUGUCCGGCCAGGCGGUGCGCACCAUCUUCCUGACAGCCGGCGACGCGGGCAACGGCGCCAGCUACUGGCAGAACCGCCAGCUCGGGUCGCAAGCCGCGUACGCACGCAUGGCGAUUGCCAGCAACAACUGGCAGGAGACGGACGCGGGGAUCCCAGGCAAGGAGAUUUCGGUCUACACGCUGGCGGACAACGCGUCCAUCUCGCUGGUCUUCAUGCACCUGCCGGACGGCAACAUGGACGGCACGGGGUUCGCGAGCGACAACAACGACAGCCUGCAGAAGCUGUGGGAUGGGCGCAUCGACCACAUCACCAGCGUGGAUGGCUCGGGCACGACGUACACGCGCGAUGAGCUGAUCCACACCCUGACCGCGCUGAUCGACGACUUCGACCCCGACGAGCUCAAGACCCAGGACUACCACAACACCUUCGGCGACGGCGACCACAGUGACCACUACGCCACCGCGUUCUUCGCCACCUCCGCGCUGGACCAGACCCGCAGUCACCCGGAUCUGACGGGGUAUCUGGGCUACGGGAUCAACAACUCCCCCGUCAACCUCGAUGCGUCGGAUAUCGAAGACAAGACCAACAUCUUCUACGAGUACGCGGUGCACGAUCAGGGCACUUGCAGCACGGCGACGGGUUGCUCGACUCGGCCGGAGAGCGGGUGGCUUCAGAGACAGUAUACCAUCUAG